AUGCGAACGUUAGCGGUUGUAGGCAUCGCUGUCGCGAUUGUUCUUGGCGUUGGAAUUGUCAUAGGGAGUAUAACAUGGGCAGUCAUAGCGUCCCGAGACACAACCCCAGUCCCGGAUCCACCGGAGCUGAUCGAGCUAGACUGGUGGCAACACUGCGUGCUUUACCAGAUUUACCCGAGGUCACUGAAGGACAGUGAUGGCGAUGGCAUUGGUGAUUUGAAAGUUCCUCCGUGCUUCGGAAGGCACGUUAAGCCGUUGGUCCCGGUUGCAUCUGCAGUCGUUAGCACCCGCCAAUCCGCACUGUGCCCGCGUGGUGGGUCAUGGCCCAAUCUCCCUAUUCCAUCCAUAGGGAAGGCCUGUGCUCCAGCAGUGAAGACGUUAAUAGGCUGA